UGCGAGGGGCGGGAGUGUCCCUGCGUGGAGCGGGCCGACCCGGAGUUUUGUCAGCGAAGGAAUCCAGUCGGGGGCCGAGCUGGCUGCGCCCUCCGCCGCGAGCGCCGGCAGCGCGGGGAGAGCUCCGGCCGGCGCGCGGCCCAGGCAGCGGCUCCCGCUCCGCCCGCCCUGUGCGCAGCUGGGGCCGCCACCGCCGCUGUGCGUCCCCUGGCGACCGCGCCCCCGACUCCCGUCCCCCGGUCCGGGACGGAGUGCCCGGCGAUCAGCGCAGAGAGCACUCCAGAACCCAGGCUAUUUUCAGGAAUAUCUCCGUGGACUCCCAGGGCUUAUUCCACUGGAAGCAAGAUGGCUGAACUCAAUACUCAUGUGAAUGUCAAAGAGAAGACACUGCCUCCAUCUGUGCCUUGCUCCUGUUUCAUGCUGUUCCUCUGCCUACAGUGCCUUCCCGCUUACCUCCCACUCAUCUCUGCUCACUUGUCCUUCAGGUUUCAGCAUAUCUAUGUAAAGAUCUAUGCAGUUCGAUCAGUUGUUCCCAACAAAAGCAAUAAUGAAAUAGUGCUGGUGCUACAGCAGUUUGAUUUUAAUGUAGAUAAAGCAGUGCAAGCUUUCGUGGAUGGUAGUGCAAUUCAAGUUCUAAAAGAAUGGAAUAUGACAGGAAAAAAGAAGAACAAUAAAAGAAAAAGAAGCAAGUCCAAGCAGCAUCAAGGCAACAAAGAUGCUAAAGACAAGGCAGAGAGGCCUGAAGGAGGUUCCGAGCAGCCAGCACCGCCACAGAUACAAAAUGGCCACGCCAAUGGCUGUGAGAAGGACAGCUCAUCCACGGACUCUGCCAGUGAAAAACCAGUCCUUAUCCCUCGUGAGAAAAAGAUCUCAAUACUCGAGGAACCUUCAAAGGCACUCCGUGGGGUCACAGAAGGCAACAGACCACUGCAACAGAAACUAUCCUUAGAUGGGAACCCCAAACCUAUACAUGGAACACCAGAGAGGUCAGAUGGCCUACAGUGGUCAGCUGAGCAGCCCUGUAACCCAAGCAAGCCUAAGGCAAAAACAUCUCCUGUUAAGUCCAUUGCCCCUGCAGCUCAUCUUGAGAUAAAGCCAGAUGAGCUGGCAAAGAAAAGAGGCCCAAAUAUUGAGAAAUCGGUGAAGGAUUUGCAACGCUGCACUGUGUCUCUAACUAGAUACCGCGUCAUGAUCAAGGAAGAGGUGGAUAGUUCAGUGAAGAAGAUCAAAGCUGCCUUUGCUGAGCUACACAACUGCAUCAUUGACAAAGAAGUUUCAUUAAUGGCAGAAAUGGAUAAAGUUAAAGAAGAGGCCAUGGAAAUCCUGACUGCUCGUCAGAAGAAAGCAGAAGAACUAAAGAGACUUACUGACCUAGCCAGUCAGAUGGCAGAGAUGCAACUGGCCGAACUCAGGGCAGAAAUUAAGCACUUUGUCAGCGAGCGUAAAUAUGAUGAAGAGCUCGGGAAAGCGGCCCGAUUCUCCUGUGACAUUGAACAGCUCAAGGCCCAAAUCAUGCUCUGCGGAGAAAUUACACAUCCAAAGAACAACUACUCCUCUAGAACUCCCUGCAGCUCCCUGCUGCCGCUGCUGAACGCUCAUGCAGCAACCUCUGGAAAACAGAGUAACUUUUCCAGAAAACCAUCCAACCACAACAAGCCCUCUGAGGGUAAAGCAGCAAAUCCCAAAAUGGCGAGCAACCAUCCCAGCACCGUGGACAGCUCUCACCAGGUGAUGCCGCCUAACAAGCAGAAUGGGUCUUCUAGCCAAAGACGAAGAUUUAAUCCACAGUAUCAUAACAACAGGCUAAAUGGGUCUGCCAAGCCACAGGGCAGUGGUAAUGAAGCUGAUCCGAUGGGGAAAGGCAACAACCGCCACGAACACAGAAGACAGCCGCACAACGGCUUCCGUCCCAAAAACAAAGGCGGCACCAAAAAUCAAGAGGCCUCUUUGGGGACAAAGACCCCCGACACCCCAGCCCAUUCGGAAAAGCCCCGACGAAGGCAGCACGCAGCAGACAACGCGGACGCCAGGCCUUUCCGGGGAAACGUCGCUAGGGUUUCACAGUGCAAUCUCUGUCCAACGAGAAUAGAAGUUUCCACAGAUGCCACGGUUCUCGCAGUCCCAGCUGUGACGUUGGUGGCCUGAGCUAGGAGAGAAAAAAAGCAGUUUUCACUCAGUUUUGGUUCCCUGCCCAAGGUGCUGACCCAAUUCGCUGCCAAAAGAGAGUCAAUCAGAAUAGACAAACCCUGUAUGGUUGUGUCAUCCUCUCUUAAUCAUUUUUACUAAUUCUAAUAAUCCGCUCUAGCUUGCUUCAUAACUUUCAUGGCUUUGCUUGAUCUGUUGAUGCAUUUUCUCAUCAAGACAUUGCAGCAUUUAGCCAGGCAGUAUUUACUCAUUUGUUAGGAAAAUCAACAUGUGGCUAAAGAUCAGAGGCUCAGUAGCAACCUAUGUUGUAGCAGUGAUGUCAGUCCAUUGAUCGAUCGUCUUUAGAGAGUUAAUGUUUAAAAAAAAAAAUUCUUAUUGAUCAGACAAACAUGAUCUGCUGAAGACACAUGCGCUUUUGUAGAAUUUAACAUCUGGUGUUUUUCUGAAAUAUAUAUAUAUAUAUACAUAUAUUGCUUUAUUUGAAACAAAUUAAAAUAUGCUGCAUUUCA